GGCAGCAUUGGCCAGCAUCUGCGGGCUGUGUCGUCUUGACCAAUACCAUUGUCUUUGGACCCUGCUGUGCCGGCCGUCUUGCGACCCACUACGAAGUACGUUCGUCUUGAAGAUGAAGGGGGCGAGGCGAAAAUAAGGCAACCAAAGACAGCCCAGGCAGCCCAACUUACACAAAUGAGAAACGGGCGCUUCAAGGUUCAACCCAGACUGUGGGAGGACAGCAUUUCCUCUCCGUCCUAAGCAACUGUUCGACCAGAACGUUACCGACGAGUUGGCCUAGGUAUAGGCAUGACACUCGGGACCAUACCCCUGGGAUUUCACCCAAGGAACCAGUCCGGCCGUGGAAACAAUAUCAUGGCCGAAUCAUCGACAGCGGCUUCGGCCCAGAGAGACUAUGGGUUCAGGACUGACAUGUUGAAUGGGGAUGUAUCGAAUCUUACCUUCAACAACACUGCUACCACGAACAAUUAUAACACAACCGCGAACAAUAAUAGCGCACCUAGUACGGACGAGAGCGCUUUCCUCCGGGCCCUCCAAGUCGACCCUGGGGAACUCAAGACAGAUGCUGAGAAAUCUGUCCCUGGUCGGACCAUCGACGAAUGCUGGAACUGGAUCCUUACCCAUUCCACUUUUGAAAAGUGGUCGGAAAGCCGUGGUACUCAACUACUCUGGAUACAUGGCGGUCCUGGGAAGGGGAAAACCGUCAUGGCUCUCGGGCUAGUCGACGAACUUUACAAUCGAUCACGAGAUCCACAUGUCUUCCACUUCUUCUGCCAGAACAUGAACGACAAAGCGAAUACGGCCAUUUCGGUUCUGCGAGGGCUCAUCCGUGGCCUGGCAUUGAAACAGCGGCAUCUUGUUAUGCAGUUGCUGCGAGACAAAUACCAAUCGCCAGAGGACGUUGAGAAAGCUCCGUUAAAGAAUCUUUGGGUUGAUUUAUUGGACAUGCUCAAAAACCUCCAACUUGAGUCGUCUAAGUCGGUAUAUUUUGUGGUAGACGCACUCGACGAGUGUCGGGACGGGGAGGACCUUCGUGACUUUCUCGACUGGGUCGAACGCGAAAAAUUCGGGUCUUGUCCCUACUCUGUCAAGUGGCUCUUUACCAGUCGCUUUUCGGACGAAUUCGACAGUCGUAUAGGGCCGGGGAGAGAGAGGUUGGCCAUAAACCUAGACAUACUGAAAGAUGUGCGCGACGGCGUGCAUAAGUUCAUCCAACAGGUCAUGAACGGCCGAACUCGGCGCAAAUGGAAUAAAUCUACGCAGGAAAUCGUGCGUGGCUUUCUCCGGAAACGCGCGGAGAGCACGUACAUCUACGUCGCCAUCGUUUGGAAGGAGAUUCGGCACCUCCCGGAACCGAAAGUCCUCGAACGGCUGAAGAGGCUAAAGCAGGGCGGUUACAGCGAUGAGCUCUCUCGGGCAUAUAACUUUAUGAUGAGCCGACUUAUGAAGAAAGAUAAGGGCGACGGAAAUAAACGGCGUCAGGAGAUACUUCGCGUCGUGCUUCUCGCGAAGCGGCCCCUCGGAUUAGAGGAACUAGCGAUUGUCGCCGAUCUUCCGGAGGCCGCCGCCACGCCCGACGACGACGACGACGAUGACGAUGACAAUGAUCAGUGGUACGGCGAUGAUAACGACCACUACGACGACCACUACUACGACGAUGAUGACGAUGCCGACGAACAGGACGACGGCCACGACGAUGAACAGAACGACAUGCCUGUGAUUACUGAACUCAUCCGCCAAUGCGGUCAUUUCCUGGACCUUCGAAGUGGCAAAGUUCACAUCUUUCACAGGUCAGCCAAGGACUACCUCAUGACGUUAGCAACGACGACAACAGCGACAGGGACAGCGACAGGGACAGGGACAGCAGCAGCAGCAGCAACAGAAAACAACGAUAUUGGACAGGCGUUUUGGUCGACUCCAGUUCCUUUAAUCCAUGACGCGAUUGUUCGGCGUUGUAUUGCUGCCAUCCGCUCAACCUCAGAGAUUCGCAAGUUCCCUGACAUCAAUUCCGUUGUCUAUAGGCGGCCACCAGACGGCGAAAUCAAAAGGUUUCACGACACAGCGUACCCGUACGUUUAUUGGAUCUCUCAUGCCAUCGAAGCUGGGGGUCAGUUCUCAGAAGAUGCAAAAGCAACGGUCGAAGACUUCCUCCGAGAACAUUUCCUCCCAUGGGUAGAAAGGACGGCGUACUUGAGGGAAUUAUCGCAUUGCAUAAAUCCGAUCCGAAGGCUGUCGAAAGCGUCGAAUUUGUCAACCGGAUCAAUUGUGUCCAACGAGACAUCGGAGCCCCGGGUAUUGCAAGGGCAGUCGGAAACGAGCACCAAGGCCGAGGCAUCGCUGCAAGGUCUGUUGUAUGAUUCGUUCCGGUUUCUCCUUCAGUACAAGGACAUCGUUGAGCACGACCCUCCCCAGGCAUACUUUCUGGCCAUGUUUUUCUCGCCGACGAGAUCUUUGGCUCGUCAAAACUUUCGGGAACGGGUCCUCUCGUCGUGCUGCGUCAGAGUAAUAAUGAAUGAAUCUGGAUCUGCAUUCGGGGAACACUGGGGCCCUUACUUGUACUCAAUCAACAAAGCCAGCUACGAUUGGGGCGAAUGUCGCGAAAGCCAUACGGGAGACGUCCCUCUGAGCGCGUCCUUUUUUGGGAAGAGACCGUACUUUUCGAAACACCUGGGCUUCUCGAAAGAUGGAAGCACCAUCUUUGCGACUUCUGACCGAGGCAGGAACAUUUUGCGGUGGUAUACUGAGGACGGGAGGGUUGCCAGAUCCUUCGAGUUGCAUGAGGAGGAGAUUGCAGUUUCAAAUCACGGCGAUCUAGUGGCGUCCGUGUCUCCCGAAAACGAGAACAAGAUUAACGUGAGGGAGGCGGAGACCAAUAGCCUACGCUGUUGCAUCGACAUCCCGUCUACCGUUUUUACCGCGUCGUUUUCUCCUGAUGGGAGGAUCAUCGCUAUGGCGUUCAUCGAGGAGAAUAUCACCCACGAUUCAGCAGACUACCUCAUCGGGCUGUGGGAUUCCAUCAGCGGAGACCUCCGGGGAGAGAUCAGGUUGCCGGAAAUGAACAGCGUUCCUCGUCUAGCCUUCUCACCAGAUGGCCGCAGGCUAGCCAUAGGAGGCAACUACCCUACUAGCCUGACUCUUUAUGACACGGAGACGCAGUCCAUCCGUUUGGACCGACGAUUCCAGCUCGAAGAGGGAUCCCUCCUCUUCAGAGAGAAGGAUAAGCUCCUUGAAGAGAGGGAUCUGCACUUCGAGGGCUUAGGUUAUAUAGAGUCUGUCGUCUUUUCCCCGCGUGGAAGUGUACUUGCUUCCCUCCACUGGUUCAAGUUUACUAGUCUCGUGCAUGCUAUGUCCGGCGUUUCCUUGUGGAAACAUGCGUCGGAUUGGGAGUCGGAAACGAGCGCGCAGGUGAUACAUUUGAUAAGCAAGCACGACUGUAUAAAAGCAGUCGCUAUUUCACCAGACGACAAGACAAUAGCAUUGUGUUUCCGGCAUUCUAUUGCGGUUUUGGGUCUAGAUGAACUUUUCGAUACGAACCUUGCAACGGGGAACGCGAUACUCGUAGAAGGACAAUUCAAGAGGCCGGGAGAUUAUAGCAGCUCUGUAGCCCAAUCACUCACGUUCUCGCCUUCCGGAGAAUUCAUCGCUUGUGCGUCUAGUAACGGUCUGAUCAGUAUAUGGGAUGGGCAUGUGUUGUCUUGGCCCCAGUCAGACCGCGAGCAACAACCUUUACCACCGACAAGGGGUCUGAUGUUUUCCCCGGACGGCCGAUUAUGUGGCUCUAGCGUCGCAGGUGGCCAAGGUGAGGGACUCGAACUAUGGGACACGGAAAGCGGUUCUCCCAAACUGAGCCUCGCAGGCAGGUCGUCCUUUGUGGGAUAUAGGAGGUUGCCAUGGGGCUUUUCAUCGGACAAAUACACUCCUAGCAUUAGCCACUAGAGGGUCCAAUGUGUAUAUUUUCGACACGAAAUCCGGCUCUCUGCGACACUCUCUGACGGCUAAAGACAAAAUCCAAUACAUUUCCGCGGUAGCC